AUGUCGUCUAGUGUAUACUGGAAUACUUUUCCCUUUUUCCCUCCUUCUAUUUCCCUCGUUUUCUCUACUUCUACUCUCUGCAAACAAAAAUCCCCAAAUCAAAACCCCAAACGGAAGCCCAAAAUGAAAAGCCAUCAAUGGUGCCCGGUGGUCGAUCGAAGCCCUAGCCCAUCUUAUUGGUCAUUGAUAUCUCACCGUACUCGCAGGGUUUCAGAUUUGCACGUGAGUGCUCAUAGCUCCAAAAUCAAUGUACAGUGUUCUAUUUCUGCCAUUGGACUGCGAUGUGGAUCUUUCAAAGAUGCGCAUAAGCUGUUUGUUGAAAUGCAUGUUGAGAAAGUGAAGAUAGUGGUCAUAUGGGUUGGAAAACCGCCACAACGAUUUGAUUAUAAACUCCUCAAGGAAGCUACUCAUGGGUUCUCGGAUUUAAAUUUCUUGGCAGAAGGUGGGUUUGGAACAGUUCAUAGAGGGGUCUUGAGGGAUGGUCAGGUGGUUGCAGUGAAGCAGUUGAAGUCGACUGGUUCAAAGGGAGAUACUGAUUUCUGCAGGGAAGUGAGGGUUCUGAGCUGUGCACAACAUAGGAAUGUUGUGUUACUUAUUGGGUUUUGUGUCGAGGGAAAAAUCAGACUUUUAGUUUACGAGUACGUAUGCAAUGGCUCCUUGGACUUCCAUUUACAUAGGAACAAGGGAACACCUAUAGAUUGGCACUCACGCCAAAAGAUAGCCAUUGGAACGGCAAGAGGGUUAAGAUACCUUCAUGAAGAUUGUAGAGUGGGUCGUGUCGUUCAUAGAAAUAUGCAGCAUAGAAACAUCCUCCUAACUCAUGAUUAUGAGCCUCUGAUUGUUGAUUUUGGGCUUGCAAGAUUGCCCACAGAAUGCGAUAUAUCCGAUGAGCAAGUUGUUGGAACUUCAAGGUAUCUUGCACCGGAGUACUUUAGUGAUGGAAAGAUUACAGAAAAAGUUGAUGUAUAUGCAUUUGGACAGGUAUUAUUAGAGCUGAUUACAGGUCGAAGAACCAUAGACUUCCAAUGUUAUGAGGGACGGCAAAUGGUUCAUGGAAAUUUUCACUCCUUGACUGCACAACCUGGCCAUAUGUUUGUAAAUAAAUACCAACUCAAUGACUUGCCAACGGAGGUUCAGGCGAUGAGUCGUGCUGCCUUCUUGUGUCUAAACCCUGAUCCUGAAUCGAGAUCCCCUGUGCCAAAGGUCCUAAGAAUACUAGAAACAGGAGAUGGAGUCGUCCCUCUGGGCUUGGACUUGAACUCUGUGGGUAGUAGAAGUGGAUAUAUACGAGGUCUAAAUUCAAACAUAGGACUUGAAUCGACAAACGGGUAUUCUUGCAGGCUUUCUCAUUCUUAAUAAUACUCAAUCGGCUUGGAACUUUAUCUGGUGAGUUGCCUGGAUCUAUUUGUACUUGUUAUUUUUUGCUGCUCUUUCGCAUCACUUAACUGUUUCUUUUUCCCAAGUUUAUGCCAUCGUGGUUAUUGUCCAUGGCCAGUCGUUCUUUGGGAACUCAAGUUUGGAGCCUUCAAUACAAUCCAAAUGUUGUUUCAUUUCCUAGUACUGUUUCAAAGCUUUGCAUAUUAGUGUUCUGUCCAAUCAAUGAUAGUUUUCGCCUAUGAUGCACGGACACGGAUAUGGAUACUGACACCGACAUGGACAUGGGGACACAAAAAUUCUAAAAAACUGGAGACACGGAUACGGCGGGGGACCACGUGUAUAUUUAUUUAUUUAUAACAUGAACAAUCCAAAAUACACAUAAAACCGUGAAAUAAGGUUCAGAAUUUUAUUUUGCAUGUUUGCGUAAGUUUCCUAUUCUAUCAAUAGAUGCUAAUUCUUCAAGUCCAUAGCAAAGUGGCAAGAUUUUUUUUCAUUCAUUUGGCUAAUUAACUUUUUGAGUAUCUGUUUUUUUUUGUGUGUGUGGACUGCAGAGUAGAGUUAAUGAAUAGGUAUAGACAUUAUGACAUGCAAAUGUCUAAUUGGUUAAUGUAUGAAGGACUCCAAUUCCAAUUGCUCAAAAUGAGAUGUCUAACGUAAUUUUAUGUUUAGAUCCUAACCCUUGCUGAAAAUAAUAGUGUACUGGGACUUGAUCCAAACACCUGUAUUGGACUCUAGACUAAUUUUCCUUAUAUUUUUGUUCAUUAGGUAUUAACAUGGGAUUGGGAUGUCACCAUUUAAUGCCUUUACAGCUAAGCUAAUAAAAAUUUCCUAUGAAUACAUUUGAAAAGUAAGAUAAUAGUUGAAGAUCAUGUUGGAUAUAACAUUCAUUCACAUGCUGCCAAUGUUUUAAAUUUCAACACGUCAAACGCAUCACAAAUAGGUGUUGAGAGAAAGGAGGUGCCAUAAUCACAUCAACAUUCUACAAGCAGUCACACUACUCCAAACUUGCACUCGUUGGAACAAAGCAAUGAAGGGUCAAGAACUUCAGUUGGAGCAGGUACAUUCAAUUUCAGUUGGAGUAAAGAAGAUCUACCAAUAGGUGACACAGCAGGUCGCUUACAAAGUCAUCUUGGCAUCUUAGCAAGAGGGCUCCAGAGCUAUAUCCAUACAAGGAACGCUUAUGGCCAGAGGUUAAGGUAUUUAUUCUAGGGAAAAAUUAAGAUUAUGGGUUACUGUUGCUGCUGCUAUUGUUGCUGAAUCUAUCUUCUAAGACUGAAUUUUUAUUAGUUGAGCUAAUGUUGUUGCCGCUAUAUUGUUGGUGUUUAGUUGCUCUGUGUUAAUGCAUAUUUGAUUGGCUUUCUGCCUUGUUUUGUGUUGAUGUUUCAUCAACCUUCAUUUUAAAA